UGUCUCACACACACACACAUACACACACGACCAGUCAGCAGGGCAAGGGCGACCUCAUCAAGGAAGGUGUGCUGUGAUCUGACCCCAUAAGAUGCCACAAGAAGAGGGUCACUUCAGCCAUGGUUAUCCCAGGAAGGGGCACGGCCAUGCUUACAUCACAACCGAAGAAUACUGGCUUUGUCUAUCCAGUUGAAGAUGAUACAUCAUCACUGCCACCAACAGAAAGAGGGAGACAAAGAGAAGUGGCAUGCAUCACUUCUGCUCACCUCCAACAUGAUGACCCACCCUGGGCUGCAGGGAUUGGCAUCCUGACAGUGAUCCUGGGAAUUUUACUGCUCAUUGGCUGCUGGUAUUGUAGAAGACAAAGUGGAUACAGAACCUUGAUGGACAAAAACCUUCAUGCUGGUGUUCAAGGUACAUUAUGCGGAAGAUGCUCACAUGAAGAGCUUGGUCAUCAGGACACCAAACUGUUUUUUCAAGAGAAAAACUGUGAACCUCUGGUUCCUAAUGCUCCACCUGCUUAUGAGAAACUCUCCAGAGAACAGUCACCACCACCUUAUUCACCUUGAGAGCCAGCAAGCUGCCUGAAAAAUGCUGAAAUGAUUUCUCUUACACUUUAGUCUUAAUUUUGUAUAGACAUUUAAUGUUCUGCUUCAGGAUGCUGUAACAACAAUGUGUAUCUCUAACAAGUCGGUGUUAAAUUUUAAAUAGAGCAACUAGGCAGUACUAAGGAAAUGAUUAGAAAUAUUAAAAUGAAAAAUAUUCAUCAAUAAACUUUGUAAUACCUACUCUCUAUGCCGGUAGUAAUGCUAUUAAAUAUCUUAUUCUCUAAGGGGUGAGUAGAACUCAAAUGGGUGUUCUGGGACCAUCUGAUUUCUUUUUUAAUUGAAAGUUUGCUUAUUUACAAACUAUUCAGAUUUUUAAGAGAAGUGAUGUCUUGACAAACAUGAACUGCACACAUAGUUGUGGCAGGUCCUACAGAGUUCUCACAAAGGAUACUGCUAAUGUUUAAGACAGAGCUGAUGCACCCAUUUAUCUCAUCUGUCAGUCAUGCUGCUUUGAGUUUUAAAAUUCUAUGACACUGUAAUGUGCUGCAAAGAUCCUACAUCUCAAAUAAUACAUAUAAUGCAGUUCUAAUUAUGUUCUACUUCAAGAUUCAAUGUUACCAUAAUUAAGAAUAAGAAUUUUGUGUUACCAGAAAGUGGUAUUAGGAAUUAAAUAAGUAAAUGAGAAUGUA